CAACAGCAGGUGUGUAAACUAAAUGCCUCCGGUACGAAAACACCCGGAAUGUGGCUGUUUUGUCUAAACAACUAAAAGCAGCAAUUAGUCUGUGACAUUAUUAAGUCCUGAAGCUGCGUUUUUGCAAGUUUAUUUUUCGUUAGACGUCGACAAAAACCGUCCUAAGCAGCUUUUAACCUUCUGUCAUUUCUCUCAUGAGGAGCCGGAGCUGACCUUUUUGCCAGGAUGGAGGUGGCCAUGUCUGCCCCACAGACCCUAUCAGAGCCCCACAGGAGGGGGACACCUCUGCCUCUGAACCAGCUGGUGGAGGAGAGCAGGAGCAGAGCCAGCAUCCCCAAUCAUCUACUGGAGUCAAAAAUCUAUGCCAAACUUAAAAGCAACAACCUGAUCCAAGCAGAGCCUUCAGUGCUUCACUUCAGUGGGUUUGAGCUUGGGAAGGAUUACAUAAAGACUGUGAAACUAAUCAACAUCUCAUCUGAAGUUAUGAAUAUUCAUCUAAUUCCCACCCAAACCAAGCACUUCCAGACUACUUAUACCAAAAAGUAUCGACUCAUCCCAGGACUCGCCUACACACUGAAGGUCGGCUUCUGUCCCGAUGAGUGGCGCUACUUCUAUGACUGCAUUCGCAUUCACUGCAAGGGAGAAGAGAACCUGUUAAUUCCAGUUCAUGCUUACCCUGUCAUCGAUGACCUGCACAUCCCUCCGCAUAUCGACUUAUCAACCGUACCACUUGGACAAAGUGUUCGCCACGCUAUUCCUUUGAGAUGCAGCUGUCCAAUUGACUUUGAGUUUCAGGUGUUUGCUAUUCAGUCGCAUGAGGCUUUCUCCAUCCACCCCCUCACAGGUGUGAUUCCAGCCAAUGGUGAGGUGAAGAUCAUUGUGACCUUUAGUCCUUUCCAGUAUGAGACUUCUCAAGUCACCAUACAGCUGGUCAUUUCACAGUUCAACACCAAGCCUUACCUCUGUACCAUCAGUGGGAGGUGUGAACCUCAUCCAGCACUCAGUCAGCUGGGAAGAAAGCCGAGUCAUGAAGAUGCAGUGUCUGCAGAAUACAAAAGAACUUCACCUGUUGAACAAGCACCUUCUCGAAGUAAAAGUAAACACAGAUCAACAAAGGAUGCUGACAAAUCGAAGAAAUUGAGAGAGCAGGCUGAUGUUAAGCCAGCACUAAAACCACCAGUGGAUGUUUGUACUCCUGCAGGGGUGGCAAAGAUGCUGAUCAAAGACACCAGUAAACUCAACUCUAAGGACUUGAAGGAAGCCAUAUCCUGUGGCAGCAUAAUAGGACCGUCAAACAGGCAGAUAAAGGAGGCACUCUUCAUGAAAAAAGUUCAGCAAAACGUUAAGGCGGAACAAGCCAAGCACCUUAAAUGGCAAGUUCAUCUGGGUAUGGACCCCAUGUCAGUGCAAAGCAGGAGGCAAAUAAUGGAGGAGAGAGAGAUUGCAUUGCAUGAAUACAUGGUAGAAAGGGGAGAUGUGAUGCAAGACGAAGACUUUGCUGCUGGACAUCCUAAACUUUCCUCAAAGCGGGUGCUGCGUGAAGUAGGACAGGCCCCUGAGGGAGCUCCAUGCUUCCAGUUUUACUCCAGUUUUCAGUGGGAGCUGAGACAAAGAGCCCUCAGAUUGUUCCAGCAGGCAGCACGCAAGGUAGUGAUCCGAUGCCGCAUGAACCGGCGACUGGCCUCUUUGAAGAAACUGGCUGACAGAAUGAAGAACCUUCCCCCGGCACAGAAAGCUGCAGAAAAGAUGAGCAACCUGAACAUCCCUUCGAACAGAGUCUUUGCAUCUUCUUUCCCCAUUUUCACUAAUGAAGAAGACCCCCUGGCUCACAUUAAUUUGGCGGCCAUGCCUGCAGAUCCUAUUGAUGUGACUGUGACAAAACACGUGCCUUUCUUCAAGCUUCAAGUUCCUCAGCACUAUAAGCUUAUGGGCUACAAGCCAGUGUCAACUUGGGAGGCAUUUAACUCGUAUAUUCCCAACACUUUGGCUCAGCCACUUCGCACUGCAACUCUGGACAAACUGGUGCCUGAUGAAGUCAGAGCCCAAUCUCCCAAAACAGUGGAUCCCAAAGCAGAGGAGGAAGAGCAGCAUGAAAAUGAAGAGGACGACGUGGAAGCAAAGGAGGCCACCAGUCUCUCCUUCAGUGCCCCUGAAGCUCUACUCAGACCUUUCCCAGCAAACCCACUCAGAAUCUUUAAUCCAGCUCCAGGGCUCCAGGCUUCCAAACCAACCCCCAAAUACCUAGAGAGCGAUUUGGAGUUCCACUUAUGUCCUCUGCCCAGGUACACAGUCCCUGAGAGCAACGUGUGCGGCAUAAAGACACAAACUCCACACACUGAGAAGAAGUGUCUCAAUCACAAGGAGAUGAUCCCAGGGGUCAUGAAAUGGAAGAAAUUUGACUCAAUCACCUUGAGGUGUCUGUCCAAACAACCUUCUCUCACCAAUGACUGUGUCCCAUACAGGUUUGUCGACUACAGCACAGAUAUACUUCCACUCGCAGCGCCUCCUCCUCUCGCCGCCCUCCCUGAUGAUAUGGCACCACUAAUGGACACAACGUGUGAAGGUUCAGGAGUCCAACUCACACCAGAGAUGAUCAGAGCUGAGUUCUUGUCUGGAGAAGCUCUGGUCUCCAAUAGCAACCUCACUACAGGAUUCACACCCAGGCACCGGAGGGAGCAGUGGAUGGAGGCGACCUACAAGUCUGAGUUCAACCGGUUGGGAAAAAGAGUGGUGACCAGACUGAAGCAGCUUGAACUCUCAGAGAAAACUUCUGAUUCACCAGGAGAGGACUGUGAAUAGGGAAAACCUGUGUGCACAUACAUACUGUAUACCUAUGAAUAAACACAAUAGCAGGGCGACAAAUAAGCAGUAUAUGAAUCCUACUCAGCCGUACAAGGCUCUCCUUCCUGCCUCUUCUGUAGAAUACAACCUAGUUACUUCCUCGCCCACCUAUAAGCCUCCUGUCUACCCACUCAAAAUUACCAGUAAGCCUCCCUCCUGUGCUCUUCCAAAGCCUGGAAAUUUGUUAUCCCUCCUCCCACUCAGAGCCAUAUAUAAGCACAGCUACAGUAUAUUCUAACAAGCUGCAUCACAUGGCUGACAGGCACAAUAAAUUAAACAUGAUAAUUCUGCUUUUUAUACUGCUGUUUUUAAAGAAGCAAAGUGUGUCUAUGCUUUUUGUUAUUAAACCUUUUUAUGUUGCAAAA